UUUUUUUUUUUUUUUUCUUUUUUUUUUUUUCUUUUUUUUUACUUGAAGACAUACAGCUCGGGUGUAAUCCAGGCGUUUUAGAGUGCUUCCUUAAAAUUUCAGAGAUCAGUAGUCAUGAAGGGGUAUUCAUUGAUUCAAAUGCGGAUUGGUCUGUGUUCUCCUCGAGUCAGCUGCAGCACUUAGGUUCAGUCAAAAGCCCGCGUUCCGAGUUCUUGCGCCUGUAGUUUGCAGAGGGGAGGCAGGUACAGAGGUCAUAGAAAACUCUUAGGAAAUUGUAAAAUUAGCAGCCCCAAUGCUCUUGCGGGGAACGGCAUUAGAGAAGUUGCUGACUUCCGAAUAGCGGUAGCACCAGAAGUUUUCCUUCUUGCCAUACAGCCUGUCACAGCCGGAGGAUUUUUUUCAACCUGCUCCGCAAAGUUGCCCUCUUGGUGAAGGGACAGUUUCACUCUGUUGUCGUUGCUAAAGAAGAUGCGCUUAGUUAGAAACUGUGUGUGUGAAGAAAUGACUUCCCACUGCAGCAGUCAAUUCUAAGGAAACUUUUAAUUUUGUGCUUCAGGAAACCUGAUUACUUCUUGGAUUGCUUUUCUACCUUGGUUUAGAAGAUAACUCGAGGAAAAUGGAAACAGAUGAGGCUCAAGAUAUGUCCCAGGUUUCAGGAAAGGAAAGUCCUCCAACUAGUGAUGUCCCUGAUGAUCCAGAUGAACCUAUGCCUAUACCAGAGGACCUUUCAACUAGUACUGGAGGUCAGCAGAGUUCUAAGAAUGACAGAAUCUUGGCUGCCUAUUUCUCUGUCCUGCGAAAGCCACCCUCUACAUCCAGUUUUCCAGGAGCUGCAUACGGGGCGGAAGGCUUUAGGGACUUUCAUGCAAUAAUUCCCAAAUCUUUUUCCACUGGUAAUAUUAAAAUAGAGACUCAGAGUGAUGAAGAGAAUGGGCGUGCCUGUGAAAUGAAUGGGGAAGAAUGUGCAGAGGAUUUACGAAUGCUUGAUGCCACAGGAGAGAAAAUGAAUGGCUCACACAAUGGCCCAGGCAGCAAGGCUUUGUCAGGAGUUGGAGGCAUUCGACUUCCUAACGGAAAGCUAAAAUGUGAUAUCUGUGGGAUAAUUUGCAUCGGUCCCAAUGUGCUCAUGGUUCACAAACGAAGCCACACUGGAGAACGCCCUUUCCAGUGCAAUCAGUGCGGAGCCUCCUUUACCCAGAAGGGCAACCUCCUGCGCCACAUAAAGCUGCACUCAGGUGAAAAGCCCUUCAAGUGUCACCUGUGUAACUAUGCUUGCCGCCGCAGGGAUGCUCUCACAGGACACCUGAGGACUCACUCAGUUGGCAAACCCCAUAAGUGUGGAUACUGUGGUCGCAGUUACAAGCAGCGCAGCUCUUUGGAAGAACAUAAAGAGCGCUGCCAUAACUACCUUCAAACCAUUAAUCUCUCAAGCAGCAUCUAUCCAGUCAUAAAAGACGAAAGUAACCAGAGUGAAAUGGCUGAAGACCUGUGCAAGAUAGGGUCAGAAAGAGCCCUCGUGCUGGAUAGACUAGCAAGUAACGUCGCCAAACGUAAGAGCUCUAUGCCUCAGAAAUUUGUGGGUGACAAAUGCUUGCCUGAUCUUCCAUAUGAUGCCAGCAUCAACUAUGAGAAGGAGAAUGAACUCAUGCAGACACACGUGAUCGACCAGGCCAUCAACAAUGCCAUCAGUUACCUGGGGGCAGAGUCCCUGCGUCCCCUCGUCCAGACACCGCCGGGUGGUUCUGAGGUAGUGCCCGUCAUCAGCCCCAUGUAUCAGCUCCACAAACCUCUCGGGGACAGUCAGAUUCGCUCCAACCUCCCUCAGGACAGCGCAGUGGAAAACUUGUUGCUGCUUUCCAAAGCCAAGUCUGUCUCCUCGGAACGAGAUGUCUCUCCCAGCAACAGCUGCCAAGACUCAACAGAUACAGAGAGCAAUAAUGAGGAGCGCAGUGGUUUGAUUUACCUGCCAAACCACAUAGGGGGCCAUGCGAGAAAUGGCAUCUCUAUAAAAGAAGAAAACAGGCAAUAUGAUGUCUUGAGAGCGGGUACUGACAAUUCCCAGGAUGCUUUCAAAGUGAUCAGCAGCAAUGGGGAGCAAGUAAGGGUUUACAAGUGUGAACACUGUCGAGUCCUUUUCUUGGAUCACGUGAUGUAUACGAUCCAUAUGGGCUGCCACGGGUUCCGUGAUCCUUUUGAAUGCAACAUGUGUGGCUACCACAGCCAGGACAGGUACGAAUUCUCUUCCCACAUAACUCGAGGGGAGCACCGUUUCCACAUGGGUUAAAACACUGGCACAGAUCAAGCCUCAACAGCUGUGUUACUGGAGCUGCAUGAGCCAUGACAGCAACAAAACAAAAGUCAGCUGGACAGUAAAAGUCACAAGAGAAUCAUAAGUUCAGCAGUGUUCUCCCGCAAGAACAGGGAUUUCAUUUUGGUAGCAUGCAUUGCAACUCAGUUUUCUAAAAUGAGUUUUUACUGAAAAUGUCUGAUCACCAAAAACCCUUAGUAAUGUAAGUAGGAGUUUUUGUAGUCACAUAUCUGAAAGCCUUUCCUUGAACUGAUGCUUCCUGCAAGCCCCCUUGCCAGAACUCUUAACCACACACAAGGUGCUCCACACAAGGACACAAAAGGCAGCAGUGGCUUUCUCUCUUAGCACCCUGAGUGUAGACCUCUUCUACCAGAUGUGUGAUUUUUUUUGAUUUCCAGUAUUAUUUUACUAUUUUGAGAAGAUUGAACUCAACUAAAGAUGGAGAGACCCAUUUCACAUUACUUCAUGGACAGCUGGGGUGGGACAGGACUCCCCCCAGCCAGAAGGUUCUGAGCUGCUUUGAUGGUAAGAAGAAGAACAUUUCCACUGGCAAGGGUGCUACUGGUAUUGACAGCACAAUAUGCCUUGUUUGUGUCACUAGGCAGGCAAGCAGGAAUGCAAAAGAUAGAAGAAACACCCUUGUAAUAUACUCUGUGAAGUAUGAAUUGCAUUUAAUGUAUAGAAAAAGGGUAUUGUUGGCUCUUCUUUGAAUAAAUAUUUUCUCUUCCUAUCCAAUAACCCCCUACUUUUUGUUAAGCAGCCCCUCCUUACUCUGCAUAUAUAAGUUACAAUGUAUUUAAUUUUUCUUUUUCUUUAAAAUUUUAGUUAUUUAGAACAGUAUGAUGUACAGUUGAGAAAGUAGAUAGGUAUAUGUGUGGAGAGUCUCCUUAAACACAUUUUUCAUCUUUUUAAACUGUCUGGAAAAUAUCCAAAUGUCCCUCUCUUAGAUAGGAAAAAAAUCCCAUUUUGCUGGCACAGAAGAUGUCCUCAUGUAAAUUUUGUGGCUCUAUUCAUAAGUGUUGCACUUGAUUUAUUUUUAAAGCACUGAGAUUAAUUAAACCAGCCAGUCAAAAUUUGCAGAUGUCUCUUUUUUUCCUGGCAUUUGCCAUUUAAUGAGGGACCAAGGUCCACAAAGGUGUGGUGACCCUUUACUUCCUGUCCAACCAGUCAUUUCAGUAAGUGCUUUGAGUUGCUUUUACUCCAGUGGAACUAAUCUUAAAAUACAAAAAAUGUUAGAUUUUACAGAAUAGAGACCAGAGGCUGCACCACAUUGCAGAGUGCAGAAAAGUCCACCAAAACUUUAUCCAUGGUGGGUUUUGCUGUAGGUACUGUAGCUUCAGUUAGAAUCAAAACUUCUAUGACAAAUAGAUUUUAACUCCAUACACAUCUUAUAAAAAACCUUUUUUUUUAAAGCUUCUACAUAGCUUCCUCUUCUAAAUAUUUCAUUUCCCUGAACACCCUCAUGCUUUAAGACUGGGCAAAAAUAAAUUUUUUGCAGCUGCAUGAAAAUCUGUCAUUGGUGCUGCAAUAUUUUCUGGGAAACAUUCAUAAAAACAACCCAUCUUAUUAACUUAAUGUAUAAAUACUUCUAGUCUGCAUAAGGAAUAGAUAUUUUGCAGUAAACACAGUCAAAUACCCAACAAGACUAGCAGUCUCAUCAUACAUUUACAGAUUUUCCAUUCACAAGUGCAGGAAGCACACAUAUUUACUAUAAAACAGAUUCGAUGGGACCACGAACUGCUUGUACCUGGGCCAGUGUGGCCUGAUACUACAUUUGCAGCUGUAUUUGAUAAAAAUUUCAGGCAUGCUGAGUUCCUUCUGCUUUCACGUUGGCAGGUGUAGGUCAGGAGCAACAACACUGAAGCUGAGGAAGGACACUGAUGAAAAAAAUGAAUCACAAAUGUUCAUGCCAGCUGUGAGGCACUUGCUUCACUGGACACGUGGGCAUGGUGGUAUUUUUACACUGAAAAUGCAGGAGAGCCUGACAGUGUGGUGGCUUACUAGGACAUGUUAUCCCCCAAAAAUGAGCAGCGUGAACUACAGACCAAGAGGUCAUUUCUAUUCCCCUUUAUUAGAACUCAGUUGCCUUAUGGGACUUUAUUGAUGCUCUUUACUCCCACAUUAUAACUCAGCUGAGACGUCAUUGCUUGUCACCCUCCAGCCCAAGAGGCUGUGCGAGGGCUGGGCGCAAGGAAUCCCUGGCCACUUUCACGCCCCAGCCAUGGCCUUGUUAUCAAUGCCUGCUACACAUUCUUCUCCAAUUCACCUGGCAAUAAGGUAUUACCAAAUAUUUUGUAUAGGAAUGAUCUGAAGAGGAUUUCCCAGGGGUUAACUUACAUGGAUGAGUUUCCUUUAAUUUUUACUUUUCUUUAAGUACAGUUGGAAUGGGUUCAUUUUUCAUAGCUGUCUGGAUACAUUCAGUUGUUCGUACCCUUCUCGAAUUUUGAUUGUUGCCGAACGAGAGGGGACAAAGUAAUUUCUGAGCCCUGCUGCAAUGUUCUGUGUGAGAUCAGACAUUGCUUUUUUAUUGCUCUUAGACCUCAUUCCUGUUCUUCUUAGGUUUAGGUCACUAUAUAUGCCAUAUCAUAAUUUCUUCCACCCUUCAUUUUAAGACUCCCCCAGCUAUACAGGGGAGGGGGACAGCAGCUCACUCAGGUGGUUUUGUUUCUUUGCUUUUACCAAAAACCGACACAAAUAAAGCCACGUGCAUGAACCGUGUAAACAAGCACAGCUCCAGCAGAGUUCAAGUGUGCCUCAAACACAGCUUUGAAAGGUGAUUUCUGAUUCCUGGGUAGGUUUGCUAUCUUCACCACAUCUCUGUGCACACACACACAUGUCCGACUCUCGGUGUCGCUCCUCCUGUCCACAUGCACAUGCCCUCUCUUCGGAUUUGUGUAUCAAUAAUAUUUUAUAUACAUCUGUAUGUGUAUAUGUAGCUAAAAUGGUUGGUAUGACAUGAUGAUGCACUGUCACUCACAGUGGGUUUGUUUCCUGGCUCUGGAGUUUUCUUAUUUAUACUAUAACAGAAUAUGUUGAUGUUGUGUAAUAAACAGUACAGUAGUAUAAGUAAGUAUAUUAAGAUACAGUGUAUCAGGGCAUAGUCUAAAGGCAGAGCAAAUGGCAUCCUCUGUUCACUAAAGGGCUUUUUUAGUUAUGCUUUUUUUUCAGUGUUUUUUUCUUUUGCUCAAAAUCAUCUUCAAUUUGUUUAGGAACAAGUGGUUCAGUAAUUUUAUUUAUGAACAUGUGCAAGGAUGGCAUGAGAAUAGGAUGUUGCAUCUGUGUACAUUGAAACAAACUGUGCCCUCAGAAAAGUUUGUUAUCUUCUUUUUUCUCUUUUUUUUUUUUUUGCUAUGGUGCAAUACCCUGAUAUGGCUUAGUUCACCUUUUAAAUAGUAAAUAUGUGAGUGGUUUUAAGUUUAUAUCUGUUUGAAAAAGUAAAAAAUAAUUGCUUCCCAUUCUUCCCCAGGCACUGCCUUUUCUAAUGGAAAAAGUUGUAAUUCCACCUUUUUUUUUCUGUGGUUUUAUAUUGUAACUUCAUUUUCUUUGAGAAUAUUGUAUUUAAAAAAAAAAAAAGCAAUUUCAUAAAAAUUGGAAAUAUUAUUAAAUUAUGUCUGUAAACUGAUAUGUAUCUUUUGAGACAAGAGAACAAGAUAAAGACCCCAAGCCCCAGAA